GACGUGUCACUCUCCACUGUCCAUGAUCACUCUGGGCCCCCGUAAAUUGCCCCUCCAACUGCAGAUCUCUACACACCUCUCCACCCCUAACUAGGCUGCGUCUCCCUUAUAUCCACCCUGAUCUCUUCCACCUCUGCUCACAGUCCCUGCAGAUAGCUUGAGGGCUAGAGAUCUCUCCUUCUCGUUCCUCCUCUUCCCUCGGAUGUCUACCAUCUACAUGAGCCAGCUAUCUACUCUCCCUCUAAUGGAUGGAGAUCAAGAUCAAGGGCACUUUCAAGCCUUUCAUCUACCCAAAGAUCCUCCUGUCUUGUUCCCUUUCAUGAUCGACAACCCUGUGGAGCAUCAAGGGCAAGGCUAUGGAGACCAGCACUCGAGGCAGCAAUUUUUUGGUGAAUCUAAUCAGCAGUUCAAUGAUCACAUGAUGAUGAGCGGAGGAUCUGCGGACGUCUUCGCCACAUGCUCCCCGUUCGGACCUACCAUCCAAAGCAUCGGCAGUGACAUGAUCCAGAGAUCCUCAUACAAUUCCUAUGAUUUCGAAGCCACACAUGCCGGCGAUGGAUCGACCAGCCAGUGGGCAUCCGCCAAAUCGCCGGUGAAGAUGAGGAUCAUGAGAAAGGCGCCAACGAAUGAUCACCAAGGAGGGACGGCGAGAAAGCCAAGGAGAAGGGCACAAGCACACCAAGGUGAUGAGAGCCAGCAGCUGCAGCAUCCCAUGGGUGUUAUCAGAGUGUGCUCAGACUGCAACACCACCAAGACUCCCUUGUGGAGGAGUGGUCCUUGUGGCCCCAAGUCUCUUUGCAACGCAUGCGGCAUACGCCAAAGGAAGGCUCGCCGCGCCAUGGCUGCAGCGGCGGCCACUGCCGCCACCAACGGUGGGGUGGCGUCUGCUUCCAGUGGCGGUGUGGCGGUGGGGGCCGCGCAGGCAAGCGACGCAUCACAAGCAGUGAAGGCAACAAAGAAGGAGAAGAGGGCUGCGGAUCUCGACCGGUCCCUGCCGUUCAAGAAGAGGUGCAAGAUGGUUGAUCAUCCUACCGUUACCACCACCAAGGCCGUGGCUGUCGACGCCACUCCGAAGGAUCAAGAUCACGUUGUGGCCGAGGACGGCGCCAUGGUGGAGAGACUGAGCAAAGCCGAUCCGCCGGCAGCGUUCACUCACGGCUUCAUGCGCGACGAGAUCACCGAUGCCGCCAUGCUGCUCAUGACCCUAUCCUGCGGUCUUGUUCGCAGCUAGUACUAGCUAGUAGACACUAGACACUGAUGAAUGCAAGUUGAUUUGCAUAUCAUGAGUAUAUUAGUCUUGUUAUAUUUUCUGUAUCUUGUGAUCUUGUUGUUUUGUGUUGUUUAGGAGAUCGGUCGAUCGGGGCGUACGGAUAGAGGCAGAAGAGAGAGAGAGAGAGAGAGAGAGAGAGAGAGAGAGAGAGAGAGAGAGAGAGAGAGAGAGAGAGGAGGGUGAUCACAUGUCUAGGGUAAUAAGCGAAGCUCGAUAGUAGUUAGUAUAUGCAGUAACCCAGAUUUGCUAUGAGGGUGAGUUUUUCUUUUACAGUUUCCUUUCCUUUCUUUGCUCUGCUGCGGUUAAUUAUCUAAACCAGUAUAAAUUGUGUUCAUCCUCUGUAGUACAAAAUGUAAUAAAACA